AUGGCACAACGACCAUCGGCAAUGAUGGGACCAGGAGGGGCAGGGCGUCAGUCGAUGUAUCCGCAGCCCAACAAUCCGGCCAACAUCAUGUUUGGCGGUCCCUCAUCGUCGGCAAACCAGGCGCGUCUUAUCUCGAAGCAAGCUGAGCUGGAGGGUUUGCGUGCAUUAAAGGAUCAGUCGGCGCGGAUGGUCAAGGAGCUCGAAAGAUUGGCCGAGAAGGUCGACAUCAUGGCGGAUGGUGGCGACUCAAUCGCAUCGGUCAUGGGAUCGUGGCAAGGCGUCUUCCGCGCCAUUCAGAUCGCUCGAGCUUCGACUGUCUUCACAAACCCCUCCGCAACCGACGCCAACUCGAGCGCAGACACGUCCACCGAGGAAGACGAUGACCUCUACACCUACGGUCCUGCCUCGACAAGCAAACCGGCGCUCAUCGACACCAUGGUCAGGCUGCCGCUGGACUUGGACGGCGCCAUCUCUCGAUCCAAGGACGACAGUGCCGCCGACUCUUCGGCCUCUGUUUCGCAGUGA